AUGGACCCAUUCUGGAGAUUAAUCUUAUGUCUAAGUGUUUUAUAUGAAAUUGUUUUAAUUUAUAUUUUAUUUCAAACCAUUGAUGGUGUUCGACAAUUAUUAACCGAUAUUGAUUCAUCGUUGAAUCGUCCAUUGCCAGAGAAAGACUAUGGUUACGGCUGUGAAAUUUAUGACUGGAAUCAUCCACAAGAUCCAUUUCAUUUCGUUAAAGCACUGAUAUUACGGGAUCAUUGGUUAUGCGUGGUUACACUGAUCGGAUUUGAAAUUUCAGAAUAUUCAUUAGAACAUCAAUUACCGAAUUUUGGUGAAUGUUGGUGGCAUCAUUGGAUAUUAGAUGCAUUACUAUGUAAUGCUUGUGGUAUUUAUAUGGGCAUAAAAACAUGUCAAUAUUUAAGAAUAGAACUUCAUAAUCGGAGAGGAAUGUGGAAAACACGAACUGUACGCGGUAAAUUUAUGUGUGUUCUUAAUCACGUUACACUUCAGGAUUGGAUGGAAUUCGACUGGCAUCCUCCAGCAGCAUUCGGUUGUUGGCUUGGAACAAUUUAUCUUGUUAUCCUCUUAUUAUUAGGUCAUAUAGUAACGUUUUAUUUGAAACUGAUUUUUUGGAUACCACUUGAUCGUUUUCUAUUUGUGGGAAGAUUUAUAUUCACUCUAUUUGCUUCUAUCGUGGCAAUAAGGGAGGGAUACGAAUAUUUAUCAGACAUUAGUCAUAGUAAAAAUUUUGGUAAUCAAUUAUGGUUAUUAACGGUGAUUACCAUCACAGAAAGGUUAAUUGUACUUAAAUUUGAUUGGGCAACAAUUACAAAGCCCUUAUUAUUUCAUAUAUCAAUUUUAUGGUUAACAAUUAUUUAUUAA